UAAUUUGACAACAAAAUUCUUCAGGUGAUCACAUGGCUCUCAACUGAGACCUAUCAUCCACCGGCGAAGCUCACACCAAAUAUGGUGGCGGAAAUUCUUGAGCUUUCGGAUAUGAUUGUACCACUGGAAGUUAGCCCGCUUUUCCCAACAAUUGAGAAGCACAUGAUGGAAGAACUUGUUCAGAACUAUGAGGACUUGCACUACAUCAAGCAGAUGCUCCUGGUUACUCACAACAGCAGGAUCACAACCUUGCUUGGAUCAUGUCAGGCCACAAUCAUCAGCUUUCACUUCGAUGAUUUCAUCAAGGACAUGCGGGAGAAUCCAAAUCCAGCGUUCACAGAACUUGUUGAAGAUCACGUUUGGCGCAGGGAACGUACUAGUGUGAUGAGCUCACUUCUCAAAACCUACGCAAAAAGUCAGUGUGUCCGUAGCUUCGUGAGAAAAGUGGCGCCGGUGGAGCAACAGGACUAGAAUGUGAACUAGAUUCGAGAUUUAUUUCAAUAAAAUAGUGUUCAGAAAA